AUUAGUCUGCAACUCUUUACAACACUGCAAAAUUUAUUAGUUGUUUUAUUAAUUUUUGGUUGCAUGCAGCGUGCAUUUCGCAAUAAUAAAUAUGGAAAACGAUAGGAAAGAAAGCAAAGUUUGCCUUGAACAAAUUGAACAAAUAAUGCAAGAAUUGGAUGCCACCAAUACAGAAUCCAAUUCAUCAACUCCUCCCGCUUUGGAUGUGCCACACAGACCAAUACUUCUGCCACCUGAAAUCAAAGAAGAGCCUAAAGAAAAGGACACCGAAGAUGUUUGUAGCAGCAAUGAAUUGGUUGCAGUUCCAUCUCACAUUAUUGAUAACCCGAAAUCUUCAUCAAAUACACAAGGUCAAAACACGCAACAUGUAAUGCAAAUAAAGAAAGAAAGGGUUGAAGACAGUAAUGAAGUGUCAGUUGAACCACCUAAAACAGAUAAAGACAUAACAAGUAGUGAAACACAAAACACAAUUCAAACACCAGUGGCGGACCACAUAAUACGAAUCAAACCUGAACCGAUAGAUGCAACUUCACUGGCAACAGAAGAAAUUUCGCGGCAAAAAUCACAACCAAACCCAGAUGCUCCGCCAGAAAAUGCAACUUAUAACAGAGGAGGAGAAGUACCAACUGAAGCAAAUAUGGAUGAUUCAACUGCACCCAACAGUCCAAAUGGUGUGCCUGAAGCAGAUGGAGCAUUGCCCGAUAAUUUCUUUGAUGACUUAAUCAAAGAUGCUGAUAACAUCACAGCAGCGGCUUUAGAGGGCAGCGAACCAAAUACACUUGAAAAACAAUCCACAGAAAUGUUAGUCAAUGUAAAAAACGAACCUGUUGAUACUACAACUAUUGCAGAAGCAACAGCAACGGAGACUGUAGAGUCCACCGAACCGCCACAACAACAACAAACCGCCGAACAAAAUAUUGCUACUCCAGAACUUAUUAAUGUAAAAAGUGAACCUGUUGGUACAACAGCUGUUUCAGAAACCACAACAUCCGCACCGAUACCAGAUAACUUUUUUGACGAUUUAUUGGUUGACCAUGUUGCCGAACGUAUAGACGACGUAGUCAAUCAUGGACUUGAAAUAAAAUACUCCGAACGUCUUAAGGAGCUGGAACUAUUGGAAACUAAAGAGCAGAGCUCACAUAAGGCACAUAAAAAACAUAAAAAGAAGAAAAAGAAAUCACAUAAACGUACGCACAGUGAAGCAAAUGAAGACGAAGAGACGCUUGAUGUCAACGUAAACAAGCGUAGCAAGCACACAUCCCAUAGUCCUAGUAUGCCACAAGCAGCGUGCAUACGCGUUAAAAGCGAAUUCUCUUCUGGUGCAGAGAGUACACUUUUAUCUAACCAUUUGAGACCUGACCCAUUUAAUUUAGAUUCGGUUGAGCCGGAAACUAGCGCUGCAGCCGCCAGAUGUAUGAUACGCGUUAAGUCCGAGUUUGUCACAAACCUACCUGUUGCGGAAGAAACAGAUGACUGCUUACCAGUAAGAGAGACUGAGCUUUUUCAACGAAGUAGCAACGUCAAUAGAAAUGGUCUAAUUGUGGACAUGACGGCACCCUUAGGUUUCAAACGCAUUAAAAUGGAAAGUGAUUCGGAAGAAUCGGAAGCAGAAGAGUCUAUUUUACCAAAAGAUAAAAUGGAAAAAUCAAAACAGCGAGCAAUAUUGGCUAUAGAGGAGUUUAACAAGGCAAGCAAAAAACGUAAAGACCCGUCUUUUAUAUAUACGGCAACUGUGCGCAAACUACCCAAUAAUAGUUCCUAUAUCAGGCAGCAAAUAUACGAUAAUCGUUCACCAUUGCACAACGUUAACAAUGUUCUCUAUAAGUUCAACUCCUACGAAUGGGGUAUAGAAGCACUGCCACCAAAAGCAAGUGAAGUAGCAAAAAUAUUGGGUUUUGAUAUACAUGCUUUGGACAAGAAGAAAAUAUUCACAUUUCCACCAGAAAUACAAAAAAUUAAAAGGGAAGCAAUAGAACAGACUGAAAAGCAAUUGAUUGACCCGCAAACGUCGUUUCUAAAAUCGGAGUCUACGCAAACCGACAAAGUAACCGGACAUGAUAUAGCCAUACAAACUAUACCGCAAGGCUAUAAUAUCGGUACCCAAACAACAGCUAUGUCUGCCGCGAGUAGCAGUAAAUACGGUGAUCUGCCACUAAUGCGGCAAAUAAGCACAUUCAAUGAAAAUCAACUAAUGGCUUUAAGUGAUUUUGCCGAUUUGAUACGCGAACCGGCGCUAGCGGCCGACUCAACAGAAUUGUAUCGUCUACAACAUCGUUUGAUAGAAAUCUAUAAAUACUCACAACUACCAUCUGAAUUCGGACAAAAUACACAUCAUGCAAACAAAUAUAGUAUGCACGAUCCACGUCAAAAAAGAAUGAACUCGUUAGCGGAGCCGCCAACACCGCCAGCACCAAGAAUGUUGGCGAGGCAUGAAGCGCAACCGCAAUCAUGGCCACACACAGUUGUACGACCACAUGCAGUUGGUCAGCCACCUUAUCAUCGUCCACCAGCACCGUUGCGACCACAUGCAGUUGUUCAGCCACCUUAUCAUCGGCCACCAGCACCGUUGCGACCACAGACGACGAUGUCGAUACGCCAACGACUAGCAGCAGAUAUGUCACAUACUAUUCCUGUUAUCUCAAAUGUGGCGUCGAUUCAUCAAAAUGGCUCACAACCGACGGAUCCACGACAGAACACUUUCGGCGGUGGUGCCAUGCGACGGUAAUGCUAAGUUGCAUUACAUAUCGUACAAUGUAUAGCCUUACAAGUCUCUACUUAUUAGAUAAAUAUUUUUUACGCUGACAAUACCGCAAUGUUAAAAAGUUGAGUAUUUACUUUUAAGCUUAGCCUAGUCAUUAGUGGCCCAUCCACAUACCACUUUCCUUGGUUUACUUGACAAUUCGGUCUUAAGAUACACAUUGAAACGUUAAAAGAAAUAUCUGGUGGUGCUGUUGAAAAAUUAGCCGGUUAUUUAACCAAUAGGUGACUUGCAAAUAUCGUGUUCGUGUUGCGAACGAAUUCGUACAAAAGCACUAAUUGAACUUCUCGGUCAAAUGAAAUGUCCAAAUCAAAGUAAAAUUUGUAUGAGAAUCAGGCAUAAAGCGUAUAUGUAAGCAAACAGUGUUGGUACGUGAAGCUGCACGCUUAGUAAAAUGUUUUAGCUGCAGAAAACACUCCCUAGAUAAUUCGGACGAAUAUAACAAGAUUGUUUGGCUUAGAUGAUUUAAAAUCCUGGUUCUAUCAGCUUGACAAAAUUGUGUUAUCAAUCGGUUAGUGAGUAUCGUAAGUUUUAUUUAGGUAUGCUUAUAAAAAAAACUAAAAAUAAGUCCAAUAAAACAAUGUUCUUGAAGUAAAUACAAA